AAUGCAACAACAGUUUUGACGCACAAACAACCAAACCUCUCUCUCUCAUACUCUACCCGUCUCUCUCUUCACGUGCCAAUCAUCGACUUAUCAUGUCAUGUGACGCCUCCCUUCCCCACUGACUCCCUUCACUGCUCUCGCUCUCGCUCUUGCUGCUGCAAUCAUCGCCCUCAAUUCCUCCUCUUGCUCUUGCUUCCACUCAUCAAGAUCAAAUUUUUAGCCCUUUUCUCGAAACCCAUCGCCUCUGUAUCAAAGAGUGAGUUAGUGGUUGAAUGAGAGCACGCUCAAGAUGGGCUGUUUGCAGUCCAAAACUGCCAAUGUCCAGUCUCCUGACCAAGAGCCGUCGCAGCCCGACUCUAAACCAGAUCUAGCAAAUGGGGACCAAGUAGAUCCAGAUCAAGUGCCUGCAUUUAAGGAAUUUGGGCUUGCUGAACUACGGGCUGCAACGAAUGGUUUUAGCAGUGAGCUUAUUGUUUCUGAGAGUGGAGAGAAGGCUCCAAAUGUUGUUUAUAGGGGUAAGAUCCGAAGCAACCACCUAGUUGCGAUCAAACGCUUCUCAAAGCAGUCAUGGCCGGAUGCCCGACAGUUUAUGGCGGAAGCUGCUGGAGUUGGGAAAGUUAGACACAAGAGACUGGUGAAUUUAAUCGGAUGUUGUGCCGAAGGAGAUGAACGCCUAUUAGUAGCUGAGUUCAUGCCCAAUGAUACCCUCUCGAAGCAUCUUUUUCAUUGGGAUAAACAACCUCUGCAAUGGGAAAUGCGCGUUAGAGUUGCUUACCAUAUUGCACAAGCUCUAGAUCACUUGACCGCUGAAAACCGAAAAAUUUAUCACGAUUUGAAUGCUUACAGAAUUCUUUUCGAUGAGGAAGGUGACCCCAGGUUAUCCAGUUUUGGAUUGAUGAAAAACAGCAGGGAUGGGAAGAGCUAUAGCACAAAUCUAGCUUAUACUCCUCCUGAGUUUUUGCGCACGGGCAGGGUUAUCCCAGAAAGUGUGAUAUACAGCUACGGAACUGUUCUGCUGGACCUCUUGAGUGGAAAGCAUAUCCCGCCUAGCCAUGCCUUGGAUUUAAUAAGAGGAAAAAAUGUUUUGUUGCUGAUGGACUCAUCUCUGGAAGGACAAUAUGCUAAUGAAGAUGCUACGGCAUUGGUGGAACUUGCGUCCAAGUGUCUUCAGUAUGAGGCCAAAGAUAGACCCGAAGUCAAGUUUUUACUAACUGCUGUCACGCCCCUUCAGAAGCAGGAGGCUGCAUCUCAUGUGCUGAUGGGUUUGACAAAGACCACCCCUGUUACUCUGCCUACCAUGCUCUCGCCUCUUGGGAAAGCUUGCGCGAGAAUGGAUCUCACUGCUGUACAUGACAUUCUGCUCAAAACGGGCUAUAAAGACGAAGAGGGUGCUGAAAAUGAGCUCUCAUUCCAAGAAUGGACGCAGCAAGUUCAAGAUAUGCUAAACACGAAGAAAUUUGGCGAUAUAGCAUUCAGAGAUAAGGAUUUCAAGGGUGCAAUUGACUACUACUCCAAGUUGGUGUCAAUGAUGUCUGUUCCAUCUGGAACGGUGUUUGUGAGGCGUGCCCUCUCGUAUUUGAUGAUAGGGCAGCCGGAGUUGGCGCUGAGGGAUGCUAUGCAAGCUCAGGUUUGCUUGCCCGAGUGGCCAACGGCCUUCUACGUGCAGGCUGUAGCCCUUUCUAAGCUCGGGAUGGAGACGGAUGCUCAAGACAUGCUCAACGACGGAGCCUCCUUCGAAGCCAAGAAGCUAAAUAGCUGGCGCAACUAGUUUAUGUUAUGUCACACAUAUCCACCUGGCCUAGCUCGCCAAUCUGAUUGGCUCUGAGCAGUUUCUUAUGUAUCAAAAAAAAAAUCCAAACUUGAUUUAAUAGGAUGUUCAAGAUUUGGGCGAUGAAAUGUUUAAGAGAUAUUUACAGAGAGAAAAUGUGUGUAAAUGAGCUAUUGAGGCCUAGUUUUUAGUGGGUGCAAUUUGUAUCUACAUGUGAAAUAUUUUGCA